CUCGUGAAUGUUGGAAGUUUUUGCAGGUGUGUUUGAAGAACAGACAGCAGCUAAUUUGGUUGGUUGGGCUUACGACAAGACCAAGGGAGAAGAAAAAAUUGCAUUAUUAUCGUUUGUACUACUGAAGAACUUCUUUGGAAUAGCAGAAAUCGUCAUCGAGAAAUACGAGCACCUUACCGUGGUCGGGAUUGCAGCUGGCCCCCUAGGGGAAGUGUCGAAUUGUAGCUCGCGCAACCGGAAGUGUUCGAAUUUUUGCUAAGGAACUUUCCAGCCUUUUGUGCUGCUGCUGCUACUGCUAUCGAUUUUGGCUAGGUGGCAACAUUGAACAAUUUCUGUGGCGAUAAAACUUUUUCUCGUCAUAUGACAAAGGUGAAGCGGAUGUAAGAACAGCUGAAUCAUCUAGGAAAUUCAAAGGCAAUUCCGGGAACAGAAUUGGCUGCAUUGUUUCAAGGUCAUUAUUCUGAAAACAGAAGCAGAAAAAAUGUCUAGUCAAAUUCCUCCACUAGUGUGUCACACUCCACCGCCAAUGGAUUUUGGCGAUGAGGAAGACGAUGUGGUUAUUCCAGAUCAUGAUGAUGAUGAUUUCGAUGAUUUCGCAUCUGCGCCACAGAUUGUGGGUCACGAAGAUUUGCCUACUCCUGUUCCGCCAGUUUUGGACUCGCCAAUUCAUGUCAAAAAGUUUCCGGACCUGGAAACCAAUCAGGAUGAUAAGAGCGAAAGCAUAUCACCGCAGCUAGCGGCGGAGAGAUUGGCACCGCCAAUGGAAAGUCCUCCCUCGUUGGUCCUUUCGCAACCGGAUUAUUCCGGGGCAGAAAAUGAAAACCUCAGCGAUGACGAUGAUGAGUUUCAAGACUUUGCAUUCCAUUCCGAGCAGCCACCCACUGAGAUAGGGUGUUCGGAUUCCGAGGGCUUUCAGUUGGAGGGUGCAAUCGAGGCAGAAUCGGUGGCAGAAGAUAACCUAAGCAUUCCAUCACUUCAUCUGGAUUCGGACGUUAUAUCUAACAAAUCAGUCGAACCAUCAUCCACGGGUACUACUCCGGUACCAUCUCUGGCUGCUGCUGUCCCUGGAGAUGCGGACGAGGAAACGACGAGCGAACGGAACCUGUCGUCGUCACCACAGGAACCCUACAUCGAGGAUCCCGAUCCGGAACCGGGUCCGGCCAUCCCUGAAGCUGCGGCAGCCAUCACUCCCAUCGUUGCCGACGAUUUCGGGUACCGAUUCGAGGACAAUACCGAAAACGACUUCACCGAUUUCACCUCGGCGUCGAACGAACGAUCGUCUGCGGUGCUGGAGGUGCCGACCGCAAACGACGUUUCCUUCGAUGACGAUUUUGCCCAGCUAGAGUCGACUCCCUCGGUCGAUAGCAAUUUUGUGUCCCAGAGUAAAACGGACUUUGCCACAUUCGAUGCCGACUUUAGCAAAUUCGAUUCAUUCCAAGCAUCAUUCCCGGCCACAUCCGACGAACCGACUGGUUCGGCUGUCUCGAGACAGGAAGAAGGAGCAGCAGCAGCUACAGAAAAGGAAGCUGCUGCUACGAACGAUGAUUUUGAUGAUUUCCAAGAAUUUGCCAAAUUUCCUGAGGAACCGGUCAAUGUGAUUUCGCAAGUUGAACAGAAAGCGGCCACGAUCGGUUCCGACGAUUAUGAUGAUGAAGACGAUGAUUUCGGUGAAUUUAGCGAUUUUAAGCAAUCAAGUGAAGCAGUGCCGGUCGCCGCUUCCAGUGUUGUGGUUCCGACCACAAGUAAAUCGAUUCAGUUUUCGAAUGAAGCCAUUUUGGCUGUGAUUUCUACGAUGUUCCCAUCUGUGGUGGCAAUCGGUGAGGCGGGAAGCGCUGAUGAUGACACCGGUCAGCAGGCGGAAACUGAAUCGUCGACAGCUGGCAACAAGUUGUGUCAAACGCUUUUGGAUUUAGACUCCACGCACGCCAUCAGCUAUCAGUACGGAAGUUCAGAAAGCAGCAAAGAACUUGUUCGGGCACUGGGAAUCGAUUCGCGAAAUAUUCUGUUCGGUCCCAAAUGGAACAGUUCGAUGCCACGCUUCGCAGCCAACCUCAGCUUCAGUCCGCUGGAACCGAUGAAACCCACCAGUACUACCAGCACCACCACCACCACCAGCAGCAGCAGUUCAGUGACCGGUUUUUCUGGAGCAAGUGCAUCGAAACCACCCGCCGAAAUUGGUCCCUCGACCAUGCUCGGUUCUGGGUUCACGCUGGACCCUUUGCACCACUCCUCCGGCGAUAAUCCGUCGUUGGCAUCCGGGAUGCCCGUGGUUCAAUUCGAUUGGAACAGCUCCGGGUUGGUCAACCCGUUGGACGCAUCACACGCACACACAUUAUUAUUGGACCUAGAACAGCUAGAGGUGAUGGCUAAUCUAAAAGAUAAAAUAAAUCUUGAUUCCUCCUCCUCCUCAUGUAAUAUUGCAAACAUCGUGCCAUUAAUCUCAACUACAACGACAACAACAACACCGCCACAAACAUCAAUAAACACCCGAAUCAUAAUGGAUGACGUCAAUAACAUAACCACCAAAACCACUACUAAUCACCCUAUUGACCACGGCACGUCCCUGUUGGAUGAUAUAAACCUAUUCGGGAUCACCACCACCGUAUCUGUCAACAACUGUCUACCGUCAUGGACGCUUGCAAAUCGCAAUCUUUGCGACACCACCGUUGUUGCUUGUACUUCAAACCCUGAUAACGAUACCGUUGUCGCUAUUGCUUGUUGUAAUACAUCAUCAUCUCCACCACCAUCUACGGCGACGGCAACUCCAAUAUCACCAACACGAAAUAAUGGUCACGGACACCACUUUGUGGGGGUGGCUGCGUCAAUGACCUGUGAAAAUACUAUUACUGCUACUACCACUACAACAACGUCUUCUUCCACAACCUUCAUCAACAACAAACUCACCGCUACUACUACUACUAACAACAAUCUACUACUACAAUCGUUUGAUGAUUAUUUGGAUCUUAGUGUACAAGAAAUCCUCCAGGAGGGGACAUCACUCCAGCAGCAGUCCAUCAAGGAUGGGUCAAAGGGCAAAAUUUUGGAUACGCAAGUCACAGAAAAAUCAAGCCCGGCUGCUGCAAAUGAAGUAAUAGAAGCAGCCAAAUCAGCAUCACCAACGGAAGCAAUAGUAUAUGACGAGGGCAGCUUAUCGCGGAUUAAGUUGGAGAGCGAGUUUGAGUAUGCGCAAUCGAUGUCAAUUUCUGCAACUGCCGAUGGUUUUAGUUCUGCAGCACCUGCCACAACCAUAGAUUCGAUGACACCCGGAGGGAACAACGUCGUUCGAACGAUCAAGCUUCCGGAAACGCACAUCUUCACCCCUAGCAAGGCAGUGAAUGCGGUUUCGAGGGAUUCGACCGAUCGGACAGAUGUACCGUAUGCGGUAGAGGAUAAAAGCUACGGAGAUAAAAUUAACCAAAGCAUAGCCGUUCGAGAGUAUCGCGACGUGGAGUACAGUUUGGAGAAGAGUUCAGCGAAGGUGGAGUCUUCAAAGGGGUCUGGUGGUUUCGAUGAGUUCCGGGAAUUCCAAGCGAUAGAAAUGGGCUCUGCUGGGACAUUAGAGGAACCUCGGCAUGGGAGUAAUGAUGGUUGUAGGUUAGAUAAGAAAGAUAAGCCCAAAAGCUUUUCGCGACCCGUAUUUGGAAGGUCGCCUACCGAAGAGCUCGAGCAGAUUGACGAUGAGUUCAGUGAUUUUCAAGCAGCAGUUCCGGCUGCUGAAGUGGUAAGGCCGGCAAUUGUGAACAAACCAUUGACUGCGGUGGCUAAUGAAGUCAACAGGUCGAACACAAGCUCCCCUAUUUUACUAAGUCCAUCAAUUUUGUUACCACAACAAACACAGGCCAAUACCAGUAUGGAGAGUAGGAAAGCCAGUCAGAUAAUGUGGCCGGAUCCUGGAAUAAGCUCAGAGGAGUUGGCUCGAUUUGAAGCAGCCUUUCCUGCGCCGAAAGCUUCGGUGAUCACCAAUACUUCGAAAACAACAUCCCCAAAGAAUGCUGCAGCGAGUUACGCUAGUGCUGCUACGACUGACGAAGAUGAAUGGACUGAUUUCGUUUAUUCCAAACCGAUAACGGAGAAACAGUCUCCAAAUCAUUCCAACAAACAACAAGCUAGGAAAACGGUUAACGAGCGUAUUGUUUCUAGUCAGGCCAACAAGGGAACUUUUGCUAGCAUUGUGUCUAAUGGGGCCACUCACUCUGCCUCAUACUCACCAUCAUCAACAAUACAGGAACUCAAUUCGGAACCUUCCAAAGAGAGUAGCACAACUGAGAAAAGAUCAAACGAGAGCAGAUCAGUAGAAAGCGAUAACGUUGAGAAACAACUCACCAGUAUUGAUAUACCAUCUAAUGGGAACACCAUGGAUCUUACGGGAGAAGAUUGCAGAACUACAGGCAAGGGCGAGGAAACGGCUUCAAGGCAACAUGUUGGAAAAAAGGAAAAAGGUAAAAAACGCGAUCGGAAGGUUAUGGCAGCCGAUAAUGAGGAUACCUCGGAAAGUGAUGCAUUGCGCAUAUUAUUGGAGAAUGCAGGUUAUAUGGGACAGAACGACAGAACGACAGAACGACGUAUCGAGGGCGUUGAACGUGCUCAACGAGGACAACCUACUACAAUUCUUGAGAAGUACUAA